CGGAAGUCUAAAAUCCUUCUUUGUCUUCAAUGUUGUACAACUCAAACCAACAUCAUUCAUAAUUAUCAGCGAUCAUGAGAUCGAUCUAUUUAAUACCUUGGGUAGGUACUUACAUAUCCAUUUUGACUUGGCAAAAGUUAGUGAAGUCCGGAAUUGGCCACACCCGUCACUGGGCAAACUGGGUGUGAGUGCGUACCAACCAUGAGCAGGUACAGUAAUUGCCAACCUUGAGUUCCAUGACAUGACACGCUGGAGCGGGCUUGGCAUCGAACAAGCAUUUUCCUUUUACCGAUAGUUAUAAGGUAAGUUAGGUAGGUAUGUUGCAAAGUUAUGGCCAUCACUUGCCCUUUCCCAACUUAUAACUUACUCACUCCAUUGAUUUUCCAUCAUACCUACCGACUUUCUACAUAACUAACACUUCUCCCCUUGUCACCAUUUUAACCUUGUUCAAACACAUACCAAUUCAAAGACCAAGCUCCUCCCAAACGUCUUAUAAUAAUCUAUCUUCAUCCCCCUCUCACCUUUUGUCCAUCUAAUUCGGCAUUAAUUCCCAACCCCACUGCCGUAUUACCCAAUAUCCCUUCAAAUUGAAAACAACCCCAUUUCUUGAUGAAGCUAUCCAAUAUUAUAUUUGGCCUUACGGCUAUAAGCCAGAGCGUCAGCGCCACUGCUAUACCUGAUACCAAAGAUGUCGCGAUAGAUGCGCGCUCACAACAACAAACAGAUCAAGAACAUAUCGAGCGAUCAGCAGAGAGCGAGGAAUUAUGGAAGCGCAAGGGUGGCGGAGGUGGAGGCGGUAGAGGAGGCUCUAGCGGCGGUUCCUCUGGCGGCUCAUCUGGCGGUCGUGGCUCUAGUGGCAGCUCCAGUGGCCGCGGAUCAUCAUCAUCUAAUACCGGCGGCUCUACGACGACAGGCAGCGGUGUGCGGCCAGCGUAUGGCGGGGGGACCUAUUACGGCGGUGGCGCGAAGCAGCCCUACACUUCCGGGGCAAGAAGUCCCUCCGGAAUCGCGCCUUUUGUACUGGGUGGCGCCGCGCUGGGCACUAUCGGCUUCCUAGGCGCGAGUUGGGCCUAUGGUGCGUAUGCGUACCCGUACUCGCACCCAUACUAUUACCACAACUCGACCACCAACCAAAACGAAACUAAGCCCGUCACCUGCGUGUGCGACCAGUAUAGUGAAUGUGGGUGUGACGAUAAUGGCAACCAGACAUACUUCAACUCGGUCAUUGGCGACGGUAGUUACGCGAAUCUCAACAAGUCGCUUGUCACGGUGGCCGACAAUGAUACCACGCAAAACUCUACCAUCUACAUCCUAGGCACUCUCCCCAAUGGAACAACGUCCUCCGGCGGCACCGAGGAUCCGAACUCCUCAUCCGGCAACAUCCAGGCUCUAGCUCGCGCUGUGGGCUGGUGGCCAGUCGCUACCACCGUAAUAGCCUUCAUGUGCCUAUCAUAAGAAAACGGGCACCCUCAUUUCAAUAAUUCAACAUGAGAGGUUUUGGCGGGUUCUCUCUUUUGGCAUUUGCACGACCACCUUUUAUUAUUAAGCACAAUACCACCUUCACGACACGAACUUACAGCAUAUGAUUGAUAUCCCCGUGGCGUUCCGGCUUUGUCCUUUCUUUUCAGGAAAAAAAAGGGUGAAGAAAUUGGGAAAUGGAUGGACCUGAUAGGUCGGUCUGUUACUUGCCACAAUAAGAGGGUUUUGAUGACGAAGGGAGAGGGGAUUACGAUAGCGGUGGGUGUUGGGAGGUAGACUGCUGGAUAAUAAUAU